AUGAGAUGCGAGCUUCGCAAACCUACAGACUACCCUGUUGGCCUCUACCUGGGCCCUUCACGACUGACCGCGUCGUAUUACAAUGAGGACGACCAAGCCGUCGCGACCUUGGCCUCCGUCCCGGCCAGCGCGGCAUGGCGCAGCUACACAGAGGACGUGGUCCGGGACCGCGGACGAUGGGGUUGGGACUGCGAAGUCGACAUGACCUGUUCCAAUGCCACCGCGACACUGUUCGCCGACGCCAUGGCCGCCUUUCUGGACGCUUCCGAGUCCGCCCUCGGCCACGCCCCCAUCAUCGGCUACGUCGUUCUGCCGCACAACACAUCUGAGUUGACGAGCCUGUUUGACAUGGUGCUGCACCACGACUUUCCCUGCUACCAGUGGGCGCGCCACGGCGACUACAUUGAGUAUGAUAUCAUCAGGCCCGCCCAGGCGGUGCAAUAUGCCUACCACGAUCAGAUGCCCUGGGGGCAAAGUGACGACACCGGCGAGGAGGACGCCUUUGUCCUGCUGGCCAACUUGGAGCCCGGCUUUCUCGAGCUGGCCGGUGUCUGUCCCAAGGACGUGGAUGUCUGCAGAACGAGCGAACUGGCCGCGCGUGCCUGGCCCGCGCUCAGCGAGGAUGCCCUUUGGCCGCCGGCCAUGCGGAGCAACACGACCUCCGACGACCGGGCGUCGCCCAGCGCGCGCUUUGGCCAGGCGGUACGACGUCUCGCUGAUGCCGUCGCGGCCUAUGUGACAGCGGCGGCCACCGAACCUGAAUGCAGUGGCCACGUCCGUGGCGUCGUUGUCGCCGGUGCGGCGUCCGAGCAAGCCAUGGCGGCCUUGCGGAUCGCGCUGCAUGACGUAUUGCCGUACGCCAACGACACACCGUUUUACGACACGGUCGAUCCGGCGUCCGUCUUUAGCCUGGGCGCCGCCGUCCUCGGGCGCAAUGCGCAGCUUGCGGACGAACGCGGGGACUGUGCCUGUAUGGUGGACGAGGCGCUGCGCCGGCCGGAGGGCUCUCCAUUGGACGACGCGUUUCCAUGCAACAGAACGAUGGCGCAUCUGGACAGCAUAUACUAG